AUGGUUGCCAAAACUCAGGAACCGUUCUUCCAAGGGAGUACGGGGAAGAACUCCCGUGGAGUUCUAAGAAUCGUAAUUCUUUGCUUAAUUGCUGCUACUGCAAUUGCCAGUCGACUAUUUUCAGUGAUUCGGUUUGAGAGUAUAAUACAUGAAUUCGAUCCUUGGUUUAAUUUCAGAGCUACCAAAUACUUAGUCUCGAAUGGCUUCUACGAUUUCUGGGAUUGGUUCGACGACCGAACAUGGCAUCCACUUGGACGAGUUACCGGAGGAACUUUAUACCCAGGCCUUAUGGUCACCAGUGGUGUCAUCUACCACGCCCUUCGAGCUCUUACUAUACCAGUCGAUAUUCGAAAUAUUUGUGUGCUUCUUGCACCAGGUUUCUCCGGCUUGACUGCCUUCGCAACAUACCUCUUUACCAAUGAGAUGUCCACAUCUCCUUCGGCCGGUCUUCUCGCGGCUAUUUUCAUGGGAAUUGCUCCAGGUUACAUUUCGCGAUCAGUUGCAGGCAGCUACGAUAACGAAGCCAUCGCAAUCUUCCUACUUGUAUUCACGUUCUACCUUUGGAUCAAAGCCGUCAAGCUCGGAUCCGCAUUCUGGGGUGCUCUUUGUGCUCUAUUCUAUGGAUACAUGGUAUCAGCCUGGGGUGGAUAUGUCUUCAUUACCAAUCUAAUCCCUCUUCAUGUAUUCGUAUUGGUAUGCAUGGGAAGAUUCAGCCCAAGACUGUAUGUCAGUUACUGCACCUGGUACGCACUAGGCACGUUGGCAAGCAUGCAAAUUCCAUUUGUAGGAUUCUUGCCAAUUCGCAGUAGUGAGCAUAUGUCCGCUCUCGGUGUUUUUGGCCUUCUUCAAUUGGUUGGAUUUGUCGAGUUCGUUCGCUCGGGUGUACCAAGCAAGCAGUUCGCAACUCUCCUUAAAGGCUUUGUCCUUGCUGUGUUCGCUAUAUCAUUUGGUGGCUUGGUGCUUUUGACUGUCUCCGGAGUCAUUGCACCUUGGACUGGUCGUUUCUACUCUUUGUGGGACACUGGGUAUGCCAAGAUCCACAUUCCUAUCAUUGCCUCCGUCUCUGAGCAUCAGCCAACGGCAUGGCCAGCUUAUUUCUUCGACCUCAACCUUCUCAUCUGGCUCUUCCCAGCUGGUGUGUACCUCUGCUUCUUGAAGCUUGCUGAUGAGCAAGUUUUCGUUGUUGUGUACGCAAUUCUUGCCAGUUACUUUUCUGGCGUCAUGGUCCGAUUGAUGCUUACCUUGACUCCAAUCGUAUGUGUAGCUGCGGCUUUGGUAUUGUCCAACAUCUUGGACACCUACUUGACCUUCAAGUCACCAGAAGAAUCGUCUCCAGAUACUACAACAGAUGGCGCUACCAGUGGCGCCCCCUCGAAGAAGGCUGCGAAACAAGAGGAACUACGCUCUAUGCGUCAACCUCUUGUUGGUAUCUAUGCCAGCUUCUCUAAGAUUUCCGUUGUUACCGCUAUGACAACAUACCUCUUAAUAUUCGUUCUUCAUUGUACUUGGGUUACAUCAAACGCUUACUCAUCUCCAUCUGUCGUGCUCGCCAGUAGAAUGCCAGACGGCAGUCAGCAUAUUAUUGAUGACUACAGAGAGGCAUACCAAUGGCUACGACAGAACACCAAGGAAGAUGCGAAGAUUAUGUCCUGGUGGGAUUACGGCUACCAAAUUGGCGGUAUGGCUGACAGACCUACACUCGUUGAUAACAAUACCUGGAAUAACACUCAUAUCGCAACUGUUGGAAAGGCAAUGAGCUCUCGUGAGGAAGUUAGCUACCCUAUCAUGCGCCAACACGAAGUUGACUACAUUCUCGUUGUUUUCGGUGGUCUUCUCGGAUACUCUGGAGAUGAUAUCAACAAGUUCUUGUGGAUGGUCAGAAUUGCCGAGGGAAUUUGGCCAGAUGAGAUCAAGGAGCGUGACUUCUUUACUGAGCGUGGAGAGUACAGAGUUGACGAUGGUGCCACUCAAACCAUGAAGGACAGCUUGAUGUACAAAAUGUCAUACUACAACUACAACUCCCUUUUUCCACCUGGACAGGCCCAAGAUAGAGUGCGUGGCGUAAAGAUGCCAGAAAUCGGACCAGUUCUAAACACUGUUGAUGAAGCAUUCACUAGUGAAAACUGGAUCAUUCGAAUUUACAAGGUGAAAGACCUUGACAAUGUUGGCCGAGACCAUGCAUCAGCCGCAUCAUUCGAUAGAGGAAACAAGAAGAAGAAGACAACGAAGAAGAGAGGACCAAAGGUUUUGAGGGUUGAAUAA